AUGUCAAAAAAAAUCAACGAAAAAAUUCAAUCUAUUAUAAAACAAUGUGAAUCAUUAUCGAAUGAUGAUAUUGAAAGUCUUCCAAAUUAUAAAAAAUUCAAAAUAUUCUAUUCAAAAAAAUCUCAUAAAACAUGUGAUAUUUAUCUUCUAUGUGCUUUUAUAUUUGGUUUACUUGCUAUAUUUACAACAAGUAUAUCUUAUAUUGGUAUUGAACAUGUUUUAUAUUAUUCAUAUGAUAAAAUAUUUUCAAUAAACAUCUAUCAUGAAGAAUGUCUUGCACCUAAACUUGAAACAUUAAUUGAUAUAUUUCGACCAAUAACAUCUUGUGAUAUUUGUCAACAUAUCGAUCAUAUUGAACGUAUAUCAAAUAUAACACGAGAAGAAUUUGAAGAAAAAUAUGCUUAUACAAAUCAUCCAGUAAUUAUAACUGAUGCAAUGAAUGAUUGGUUAGCUUUAGAAAAUUUUAAUUAUGAAUUUUUUAAACGUAUCUAUCGAACAAAUUCAAGUGCACUUCGUGGUGUUGAAGAUAAUUGUCAAUUUUUUCCAUAUAAAAAUAAAGAUGAAUUCGAAACAUUAGGCGAUGUUUUUAAUAUGGAUUUCGAUCGAGCUCAUAUGAUUGAUGAUGAUUAUAAACCAUGGUAUGUUGGAUGGAGUAAUUGUGAUUAUUCAACAGCAUAUCUUCUUCGACAAUAUUAUUCAAGACCUUAUUUUUUACCUGAACGAUCGGAAUCAAGUAAACUUGAUUGGAUUUUUAUGGGAACACCGGGAUUUGGUGCACAUAUGCAUAUAGAUAAUGUUGAUUUACCAUCAUGGCAAGCACAAGUACGAGGACGAAAACAAUGGACACUUCGACCAGCACCGGAAUGUUUUCAUAUUUGUAAAGAAUUAACUUUUAUUGUUGAACCCGGAGAAAUUAUUAUUCUUAAUACCAAUGUAUGGUAUCAUAAAACAUAUGUAGUUAGUGAAGAUGAAAUAAGUAUUACAAUCGGAUCAGAAUUUGAUUAG